UGACGUUUAGUCAGCUGAUAGUAUGAAGUUGACUAUGGUCAUCUGUCAGGACGCCAUUGUUAUUGUGAAAAUUUUGUUGUGAAGUACAGUAUUCUUUGUCUGUCUGUCUAGUUUAUAUUAUCGUGUAUUUGAUAUUAAGAAAAAUUAUACGUGUGAAUGUAUUUAAUAUAUUAAGAAGAAAGAAAACGUGCUAAUGGGUCUUAUUUGUUCCACAGCACAGCUUGCUUGCCUUUGUGGAAGCACAGCUUGCAGUUUCUGUUGUUCUCAAUGCCCAACAUGUCGUAACAGUACAAGUACUCGUAUUAUGUAUGCAUUAUUAUUAAUGCUAGGAACAAUUGCUGCUUGCAUUACAUUGGCUCCUGGUUUACAAGAUGCACUUAAAAAGGUUCCAUUUUGUAGCAAUAGCUCAAAUUAUGUGGUAUCAAAAUUCACUGUUGAUUGUGAAUCUGCUGUUGGUUACUUAGCAGUAUAUAGAAUAUGUUUUAUUAUAGCUCUUUAUUUUUUCUUAAUGUCAGUCAUAAUGAUAAGAGUAAGAAGUUCCAGAGAUCCUCGAGCUCCUAUACAAAAUGGAUUUUGGGCUAUUAAAUAUCUUUUAAUAAUUGGUGGAAUAAUUGGUGCUUUUUUUAUUCCUGAAAAAUCAUUUGGAACAACAUGGAUGUAUUUUGGAAUGAUAGGUGGUUUUCUUUUUAUUAUUAUUCAAUUAAUUCUUAUUGUUGAUUUUGCCCAUUCCUGGGCAGAUGCUUGGGUAGGAAAUUAUGAAGAAACUGAAUCAAAAGGAUGGUAUGCUGCACUUUUAGGAGCAACAUUAUUUAAUUAUAUUGUUUCUAUUACUGGAAUUGUUUUACUUUUUAUAUAUUUUACACAUGCCGAUAGUUGUGAUUUGAACAAAUUUUUCAUAUCUUUCAAUCUGAUUUUGUGUGUGAUUGCUAGUAUUAUAUCAACUCUUCCAAAUGUACAAGAAUAUAAUCCUCGAUCUGGUCUUCUUCAAUCAUCUGUUGUAUCAUUAUAUGUAGUUUAUUUAACUUGGAGCGGAAUUUCAAAUAGUCCAGAUCAUGAAUGCAAUCCUGGAUUUUUAGAAAUAAUUUUAAAUGAUGCUGAUUCACGAAAUCGCGUUGCUUUUGACAAAGAAAGUAUUAUUGGCUUAAUUAUCUGGUUUAGUUGUGUACUGUAUAGUUCUUUACGUACUGCAUCUAAAUCAUCAAAGAUUACAAUGUCUGAAAACAUUUUAAUUAAGGAUAAUGGAGCUGUCAGGAAUGCAGGAGACCAGAAUCUUAUCGACAAUGAAGAUUAUACUCUGGUAGAAGGUCGCACUGCUGAUUCAGAAACUGGAAAUGAAACUAAAGUUUGGGAUAAUGAAGAAGAUUCUGUAGCUUAUAACUGGAGUUUCUUUCAUCUAAUGUUUGCUCUUGCCACUUUAUAUGUUAUGAUGACACUUACUAAUUGGUAUCAACCAAAUUCAAAUUUGGAUACAUUGAAUGCCAAUACUGCUUCAAUGUGGGUGAAAAUAAUAUCUUCUUGGAUGUGCUUAGGAUUGUAUAUUUGGUCAUUAAUAGCUCCAGCAGUAUUAAGAAAUCGAGAUUUCUCUUAAAUAUUAUUUUCAUGUCAGAAGUGGUAAUUAGCAGUUUUUGCAAUACCUGCAUAGUUAUAAAAUGUUCACCUAUAGAAAAUGACUUUUAUGAUGCAUCACAAUUACCCAUGCAAAAAUAGCACACCAACCAAUAGGAGCAAAUGCAUUAUACAUUGCUGCAUCUAUCGGAUUAUAUAUAUAAUUUAUAGAUCCCAUAUGUGCAGGUCCAAAAAAUGCACAACAAAACAUUAUUGUACAUAAAAUCCAACCUAUAUAUAAAGUUAUCUAAAAAAAA